AGUGCUCUGCGGUCGGUCGCUGGGCGAACCGGCGCCAACUGCUAAUCAACUGCUCGAACUACGAGCCGUCCGCGACGUUCUUAGGGCAAGCGAUCUGUAGCCUCCGGUACCGGUAUGCUGAUUCACCCCUCUCCGAUCGCGAGAACUCUCGAUCGUCUCUUGCCUCGCCUCACCUCACCGAGCACAUGCGGGGAAAAGGUACAUAGCCCCCAGGGCCAGGGAAGGGAAGGGAGGGACGCUGGUGGUGGUGGUGGUGGUGGUGGAGCCCAGAUAUUGCGAGCAGGCACAGGCAGGCACAGGCACAGGCUACAUAGAUGCCUGUACCUGUCACCAGGGCAAUAUAAAACCUACCUAUACAUACGGCACAGCAGGAUGGGACCUUCCCUCUCGUCCUUACCCGCGUUUGAGCGGUGGCGGCUAGUUAGCACUCUAUCUCGGCCAAUGGCGGCCGGCGCAUUUCAUUAUAUCGCGCGUCUGCUAUGGUAUUGCUGCGAGCUGCGGGCGAUAGCUCGUUCGUCCCUGCAGAUGGGGGUCGACGACUCGACGACGACUCGACGGGUCCUUGCUUGCUUGCUUGCUUGCACAUGUCGUGUCCGGUUCGCUCUACCCUGGUGCUGGCUGAUGGGAAAAAUUUAUCGGAUAACUACCAUGAAGAUAGUACAUAUCUGCCCAAGGGGGGGGGCAGUCCGACCCGUGGUCCGUGUGCUGUGUGCUGUGUGGGAGCGUAAACACCAAUCCGACGCACUUGGUUGGGGAUGGGGUCUAAGCGGCACAGCAGGUAGAAUAAUGAAGCUACCUACUUCCUUCACAACACAUAGGAACCGGGGAGAUAUGCCGGAUACGGAAGAAGAGGAGCUCCUGAAUUAUCUGACCACUAUGAUGAUUGUAUUGCGGGGAGAAUGGAGGUAGAGGGGAGGGGAGGGGAGAGGGGGGAGGGGAGGACAGUCUGGCGAGAGAGGAACGUGCGGUGCAGGCUCAGUAUUCUUCAGCCAUUGGGACUUGUAUAUAAAGUACGCAGUU